AUGCUUCUUCGAUUAUUGCCUCAACCGACAUUGAACAACCCAGCUCCUCUUACUAUUUUAUUCACUCUCCCUUUGCCUAAUCACCCUUACACAUCUCGUUCUCUUCCUUUACCCCCAGCACUUCUCGCUCACAGAUCAUUAUGCUUGCAAGAGGAUAUCGAUUGCCCUAAUGUGCUGAUGGGUGAAAAAUCCAGCUGGAUUUGUGGUAUUAUCGACGAUGUUACCUUUUCGUUACCCUCAUCAUCAAUCACUGUCAACUUCAUCGACGGUUCGAAUACGACGUUACCUAUCUCCGCAGGGUGCGUGACUGAGUUGCACCGAGUGGUUGAAGAAGUCCAACUCUCCUUCACCGCACCAACGACCGUACCUAGUUCUCCUCGAACAAGUACAUCGAGCAUUGCCUCAACCUCAUCUGCUUCAUCUUCGUCGAGCCGCACACCUUCGAGUUCUGGAUCGUCUCGACGAACGCCAUCAUCGCUCCUUCUCUCCUUGUUAUCACCACUUUUGUCUAGCAGCUCAACACAACCUUCCGUCCCUGAGCGACCUUCAUUAGCCGCUCCUCCUUGUGCUCCGGCCAGAGUACAUCGAAGAGCAGCAAGAUCAUUACUCGUCGACACCUACCGUCGUUAUGUUUUGUCUGAAUUGAAGAAACAACUUCCAACCUCUUACUUCCCCUGGGCGAUUGCUUCAGAGACUUCAAGACAAAUGGAAGAAUUUGCCCAAGUACAAGCAGAAAUCAACAGGAUCAUCGAUACUUGCGGUGUUCCUCGAGAUGCUCUCAUCGACAAAAUCGUUACUUUCUCUUCUAGAUCCCGAUCAACCUCAUCAUUCUCUUCUGGAUCUUUAUCUGAAGACGAGUCUGAUUCCGAUUCUGCACCUUCACCAACCACACCCGCUACAUCAGUGUUCUCUACGUCUGCGUGCCCUACGCCAGCCCGAAGAGUGGUCUCACCAUCACCUUCGGCCUUCUUACUUUCUAUCCCACCAGCACAUGCGUUACCCACGCAAUGUCGAAUGCCUUAUGCUUCACAACUCGCUCGACUCACUCAAAUUGCGUCUCGAGUAAGCCAAGUCAAAAAGCUCAACGUGCGAUAUGAGAGGGAAGAAGGUAAACGAAGAUGGUUGGAAGGUCUGGAAAAAGGUAGACUGGCCGAUAAAGCUUUGAGAAGAGCUUUCUCGAAUGGCGAUCAUCAGUUCAGCCCUUUCUUAGCUGAUGUUAUCAGACCUACAAGGCUUUGGAGAUCCUACACCAUGGAAGAUCUCGAAUGGGAGGAAAGAAACAAUCACACACACCCCGCGAUGAUGGAUAUCUCCGAUUCUGAAGAUAUGAUUGAAUAUGCUGAAGAGCAACAAGAUCAAGGACCUUCAGACGUCGAUUCAGAUGAAGAAGGACCUAUCACACCACCUAAAUCGAGACGUAAUUCUUCGAUUGAUAGACCCUUAUUAGGUAUCGCAACAUCCAUCACUUCAAAGGUGGAGGAGGUGAAUGAUGUUUGGGAGGAGGACGAAGAUGAUGAAGAUGACGAUGAGAUCAUUUCAACACCAAUCUCGUUAUCUCCACCUAACAUAGCACGAAAUUUCUCCAUGAAAGUUCUACCUACAAAGAAACCUCUUAUUGAUGAUACCGUAGGAAUGGAAGAUGACGCUUUGAUCGAAGAAUGUGAAAAGUGGAGAAUUUACGCUUAA